AUGACAGAUUCAUAUUAUAAGACAUUAGGAGUUACUGAAAACGCAACUUCCUCUGAAAUUCGCAAGGCCAAAACGUAUCACCCGGAUAAAAAUCCUAAUGGAACCGAAAAGUUCAAGGAAAUUUUAAACGCGUAUGAGAUUUUAUCUGAUCCCAACAAAAAAAGGGUUUACGAUUUGAAGAGAAAACGCGGUACGGAUUUCGACUUCGAAAGCUUUUAUGCAAGCAAUCGACCUUCUACGUCAAGACCAGGACGCAGAACGCCAACGCCACCAGCUCCUCCAACUCCACCAACUCCAUCAACUCCACCACGACCAUUCAGUCCUCCACCACCACCACCUAAUCGCGACGACUACCACAUCCUUACGACUGCGGUAGUUUCCUUAAAAGAAGCUUAUCUCGGUGUGAGAGAUUUCAAGGUUUACUACAACUUGAAGGUGAACUGCCAAAAAUGUCAUGGUAAUGUGGAUACUGCUCUCUUUUCUGAGGCUUGUGUUACUUGCAAUGGUAGUGGAUAUGUCCAGACCCGGUUGAGUGACAAAAAAAAGAAAGCAUCUGUUACGUGCUCUAGCUGUGAUGGAGUAGGUGUUAAAACUUACAAAAAGAAAUGUCAGACCUGUCUUGGCGCAAAAAUGACUCGUGUAAGUGUGCUGAUUCCCAUUGCAAAAGGCAUCGAAUCCGGCCACAUGAUCCGAAUGAAGAACUAUGGCAAUUUCUUGCCCGACAACGUCACAAGGGGCAAUUUGUUUAUUCAGGUGACUGUCGAUAAUAAAUGGGGCUGUUUCACACGUCACAAAAAUACCUUAUUUGCUUCCGUGGACAUCAAACUUCGAGAUGCUCUAAUGGGAGUAAAUCGAAAGGGAAAUGUUUUUAAGCAUAUGGAUGGCCGCCUAUUGAACAUUCAGCAAGCACCCGGAACAGUGAUCACACCCGGAUUGGCCAUGAUUAAGAAAGAUGAAGGUAUGCCCGUAUUCUCUGAUACGGAUGGCAACAAGGGUAAUCUUAUCAUUAGAUUUAAUGUGAUCUUCCCUGUUGAAAUCAACAUUCCGAAGGAUCCAUACGUUCGAGAUCAAAUUGAUCUUAUGUUUGAAACGGAAGAAGAACGUGUGAUUCGAGAGAACACAAUUGUUAUCGAUGACGACGAUGAUGAAGAUGACAAUGUUAGUUCACGAGAGGGAGAUAACAAAAAAGAAGGGGAUGUAUCUGAAGAUACUACCGACGGCGCUCAGAAGGAGGCCCAUAUUUUAGGAGAUGACGGUCAAGACAAAAACGAAUCGGAUUCUGCAAAGAAUUUUUAUAAUAAUUAA